AAAAACUGGUAUCAAAACAAGCUGAGGAUUAUUUUUCAGCUACAGUGCUUCGAAAGUCUUAAAAAAUGUUUUCUUAAAUUUCAACAAUUUACAAAACUCGUUUACACGUUACUAUGGACAAAUUAACGACAAUUAGUGCUGCACUUUUCAUGGCCGCAGAUGUAUGUGCCAUUGUGAGCUUGGCAAUGCCUGAUUGGAUAGUCACAACCGUGGGUGGAGAAACAAGGCUUGGUCUUAUGUGGACCUGUAUGACCUUAUACAAUCGACCACAGGUAUGCUUCACUCCGGAACUUCAACCGGAAUGGCUGAUCGCUUUGAUCUGUAUCUUUGUCGGCUGUAUCUGCAUUACAACUACCAUCAUCCUGUUGGCAUCUAGCAACUGGGACCGGAAUGUAAUUCCCUACGCUCGUUGGGUUGGAUUUACAGCUAUGGUUCUUUUCUGCCUGGCCGCUGUCAUAUUUCCACUGGGAUUCCAUGUCGACGAAAUCGGUGGGCAACCGUAUCAUCUACCACAUUCGCACCAUGUCGGGAUAUCGUACAUCAUGUUCGUUCUAGCUCUCUGGAUUACGGUGAUUUCGGAAUUGUUUGCGGAAAAAGUUUGUCUUCCACAAUUUUAAAAUCAUGAGUAUUUUCUUUCAAAGUGAAUUUUAAUCUUUUCGAUCAUAAACGGAAACAAAUGUGCACAGUAUUGCUAACGUAGGCCAUCAUGAAUCUGUAGUUUCUAAUCGUGGAAUUGAUGUUAGUUUCAUAUGUAAAAAUAGGAUAAGCUAGAACUUACUUAAGAUAUAAUGUGUGAUAUUAUUUGGAAAUAAAACAUGACUUCUUAAUUAUUGUUUUAGGUUUCAGUAUAAAAAUCGA